AUGCAGGUGCAGGCGCAGGUGCCCCUCGGCGUGCGGCCAGGCCAGACGUUCACGCUGCAGACCUCGCACGGCCUCGUGCCGGUGCUGGGGAUGGCCGAGGCGGGCGGCGGUGCAUCCGCGCCCAAGGGCUACCGCGCGGAUCCGCUGACCGCCACGGCGGACGGGCUGCCCCUGCUGGUGGGCAUCCCCGUGGAGAAGCAGGAGCAGAAGCUGAGCGAGAUCCGCCGCGGUGGCGAGCUCGUGCGGGAUAAUGCGCCGUUUCCCGCGCGGCGCACGUACCGCGACGCGGUCUGGGGCGUCCUCUUCGUGGCCUUGGCCAUGGCCAUGACCGUGGACCGGUCGAGCGAGGACGCUGAGUGGAAGCGAAUCGCCAACACCGUGUACGCCGGCUGGCGGUCGAGUGGCUCGCUCGGGGCAGGUGGCAUACUUGGGGGGGAAGCGGUUUCCAAGAACGAGGCGGAGGACUUAACUUCCACGGCGCAGUACGUCCUGUACUUCUUCGCAGUCCUGAUCUUCAUCGUUGGCGGGCAGGUCGCGUACUACGUCUGUCACGUGACGUAUUGUGGCGUGUUCGGUCGUUGGUACUUCGGGGUGGACAGGGAGGGCGGCGUGCUGGGGAGGAGCCUGAGUGUGGCCCUGACCACUUCCUUCGGCAGCAUCUGCUGCGGGUCCUUCCUCAUUGCUGCGGUCCGGGCCCUCGAGGCGGUCCUCCGGAAGGGCAGGUCGGACGCGCAGGACUCCGGCAACGUGGUCUGCUGCGUCGUCCUCUGCUUGCUGGAGUGCGUCAUCUCGUGCAUCGGGGACCUCCUCGAGUACUUCAGCGAGUGGGCGUACGUGCAGGCCGCCGUGCGCGGCACCUCGUUCGUCGAGUCCGCGCGCAUCACCCACAGCCUGAUGACGUGCGCGAACCUGCUGUACGUGGUGCAGGACCUCCUCGUCAACGCCGUGGUCAACCUCGGGGCGGUGCUCUGCGGCCUCGUCGGGGGCGGCGUGGGGGCCGCCGUGGGCUUCGCCGCCUCCGGGGCGGACGCCGCGCUGUCGGGCGGCAUCGCGGGCCUCCUGGCGGGCCUGCUGGCGGGCGGCGCCGCCGCGGGCAUCAUCUCCUCCGGGACGAAGGCCAUCCUGGUGCUGUGGGCCGAGAACCCCGCCCCGCUGGAGGCGUCGCACCCGGACGCCCACCGGGAGCUCGAGGCCAGGAUCUACGGCAAGCUGGUCGGCUUCUGCGGCGCGGCUCGGGUCUACAGCGGCCGCGCAGCCCCCAGCAACAGGAUGCAGGUGCAGGCGCAGGUGCCCCUCGGCGUGCGGCCAGGCCAGACGUUCACGCUGCAGACCUCGCACGGCCUCGUGCCGGUGCCUCCCGGCGCUUCCCCCGGGCAGCAGGUGGUCUUCACGGUGCCCGCGCACCCCGCCGCUGUCGUGGGCAACCCAGUGGUGCAUGGCAGCGUGGCGGGCUCGGCGCCGCCGCCGCAGCUGGGGAUGGCCGAGGCGGGCAGCGGUGCAUCCGCGCCCAAGGGCUACCGCGCGGAUCCGCUGACCGCCACGGCGGACGGGCUGCCCCUGCUGGCGGGCAUCCCCGUGGAGAAGCAGGAGCAGAAGCUGAGCGAGAUCCGCCGCGGUGGCGAGCUCGUGCGGGAUAAUGCGCCGUUUCCCGCGCGGCGCACGUACCGCGACGCGGUCUGGGGCGUCCUCUUCGUGGCCUUGGCCAUGGCCAUGACCGUCGGAGCGGUGUAUUUCGGCAGGUCCCUGUCCAGCGAUGCACAGGUGGACCUGUCGAGCGAGGACGCUGAGUGGAUCGCCAACACCGUGUACGCCGGCUUGGCCGGUGGAGUGGCCUCGCUCGGGGCAGCCAUGGCGUACGUGUGGCUGGCGAGCACCGCACCCGCGUGCAUCGUUUGGACGUCUCUGUUGUUCAGUCCGGUGUUGAUGAUCGUGAGCGGCCUGGUGUUCUUGGUGGCGGUAUCGGCGGUUGCGGGCCUCAUUUUGAUCAUUCUGGGCAUGCUGUGCCUCAGUUGCGUCUUCUUCUGCUACCGCCCGCUGAUCCCGUUCAUGAUAAAGAUCGUGGAGGUGGUGUCCAGUGUGAUCCGAAUUCACCCCUGCGUCAUGGCCGUGUCCUUGAUAGGCUCGGUUGCUGGCAUCGUCUGGACUGCCAUCUGCAUGAUCACGUUCACGGGUGCAUAUCUGGAGUUCAAGAACGAGGCGGAGGACUUAACUUCCACGGCGCAGUACGUCCUGUACUUCUUCGCAGUCCUGAUCUUCAUCGUUGGCGGGCAGGUCGCGUAUUACGUCUGUCACGUGACGUAUUGUGGCGUGUUCGGUCGUUGGUACUUCGGGGUGGACAGGGAGGGCGGCGUGCUGGGGAGGAGCCUGAGUGUGGCCCUGACCACCUCCUUCGGCAGCAUCUGCUGCGGGUCCUUCCUCAUUGCUGCGGUCCGGGCCCUCGAGGCGGUCCUCCGGAAGGGCAGGUCGGACGCGCAGGACUCCGGCAACGUGGUCUGCUGCGUCGUCCUCUGCUUGCUGGAGUGCGUCAUCUCGUGCAUCGGGGACCUCCUCGAGUACUUCAGCGAGUGGGCGUACGUGCAGGCCGCCGUGCGCGGCACCUCGCUCGUCGAGUCCGCGCGCAUCACCCACAGCCUGAUGACGUGCGCGAACCUGCUGUACGUGGUGCAGGACCUCCUCGUCAACGCCGUGGUCAACCUCGGGGCGGUGCUCUGCGGCCUCGUCGGGGGCGGCGUGGGGGCCGCCGUGGGCUUCGCCGCCUCCGGGGCGGACGCCGCGCUGUCGGGCGGCAUCGCGGGCCUCCUGGCGGGCCUGCUGGCGGGCGGCGCCGCCGCGGGCAUCAUCUCCUCCGGGACGAAGGCCAUCCUGGUGCUGUGGGCCGAGAACCCCGCCCCGCUGGAGGCGUCGCACCCGGACGCCCACCGGGAGCUCGAGGCCAGGAUCUACGGCAAGUUGGGCCAGUAG